CCACAAAAUCAGAAGAUGUAGUACUUAAUAUAUAUACUUUAUUUUGUUAAACACAAAUAUAACGGUCACUCGUGUCUCCCCAACCAUGAAAAAAGUGUGCAAGCCUACAUUCCUUUCAUGGCUACGUAGAUAGUCGAUUUUUCAACUUUUUUAGUUGAGCCUAUUUUCUUUACAGCCUGUUAGUAUUUGUAGCUAUUAGCUGCUAUAUUCCGAGAUGACUACGUCGGAUGUUGCUCAGGGGGACAAAAAUGCCCGGCCUCUGUCCUUGUCUGGCCAUGUUGGCUUCGACAGCCUACCUCACCAGCUGGUCAACAAAUCAACAUGUCAAGGUUUCUGCUUCAAUAUCCUCUGUAUUGGCGAAACGGGUAUUGGAAAAUCCACCCUAAUGGACACACUGUUCAACACAAACUUUGAGAACUUUGAGUCAUCUCACUUCGAGCCCAAGGUGAAGCUGCGAGCGCAGACCUAUGACCUGCAGGAGAGCAACGUGCGACUCAAGCUGACCAUCGUCAACACAGUGGGCUUUGGGGACCAGAUGAACAAGCAGGAGAGCUACCAGCAUGUUGUGGACUACAUUGACACCCAGUUCGAGUCGUAUCUACAGGAGGAGUUGAAGAUCAAGCGGUCCCUCCACAACUACCACGACUCCCGUAUCCAUGCCUGUCUCUACUUCAUCGCCCCUUCAGGACACUCUCUCAAGUCCCUGGACCUGGUCACCAUGAAGAAACUGGACAGCAAGGUCAACAUCAUUCCUGUCAUCGCCAAAGCAGACACCAUCUCCAAGAGCGAGCUCCACAAGUUUAAGAUCAAGAUCAUGAGCGAGUUGGUCAGUAACGGUGUCCAGAUCUACCAGUUCCCUACCGACGACGAGACAGUCUCCAAGAUCAACACUGCCAUGAAUGGUAUCCUGCCUUUUGCUGUUGUGGGGAGCUCCGAGGAGGUAAAGAUUGGAAAUAAAAUGGUCAAAGCUCGGCAGUAUCCCUGGGGUGUGGUGCAAGUGGAGAACGAGAACCACUGUGACUUUGUGAAGCUGAGGGAGAUGCUGAUCUGUGUGAACAUGGAGGACCUGAGGGAGCAGACCCACACGCGCCACUACGAGCUCUACCGCCGCUGCAAACUGGAGGAGAUGGGGUUCACGGACACAAACCCGGAGAGCAAGCCAGUCAGCCUGCAGGAGACCUAUGAAGCCAAGCGUCACGAGUUCCUGGGAGAUUUGCAGCGGAGAGAGGAGGAGAUGAGGCAGAUGUUUGUCCAGAGAGUCAAGGAGAAGGAGACUGAGCUGAAGGAAGCUGAGCGAGAGUUGCAAGGUAAGUUUGAGCAGCUGAAGAGACUGCACUCUGAGGAGAAGAGCAAGCUGGAUGAGAAGAGAAGGUCUCUGGAGGACGAGAUCAACACCUUCAGCAAGAAGAAAACAGCUGCCGAGCUGCUCCAAGGCCAGUCCUUCAACACGAACGCCAACCUCAAGAAGGACAAAGACCGUAAAAACUCUGGGUUCAUGUGAAGAAAUAAAAUGGACAAAGACCCCUUCCCAUCAGACAGAAGAGAAAUAAAUACAAAAUGGAGUACAUUCACCGACAGUCGUCAUUGUUUUGGCUUAUUAGUCAAAUCACAAAUGUUAGUUAAAUUCCAGCCAGACUAUUGAUAAUUCUUUAAUAUUGGUAACCCUUUUGUAUUACUUUACUUUUCACUUCUACAGCUAGAGGGCGCCAAAUGAUCACGGUCUGGUUAGGGUUAUCAUUGAAAAUACUGUACUUCACACCAAACAGAAAUACAAUUUGUUUGAUGGUCAACAGUACAUUGACAUUCAGGAUGUAUUUAAUUGUCCAAUCUCGGAAUUAGUUGUGUUACCGGGUUUUCUUAAGUGUUCACUUUUAAAUGGGAUAUCAGAUAAUGUUUCGACUUGAACUUGUUCGACUUUAAUUCUGCAGAUAGUAGAAUAUAUAUAUUUGCAUGUCUUUUAAAAUAUGCUGUUCACCACUAGUGUGUAUUAUAUAGCUUGAUAUUUAUUCUAUGCAUUAUUAUUGUAGACUCAUGAGUUUCUGGAUGGAUUCCAUGCGUAGUAAUACCGAACUCUGGUCCAGGACGUUCCUCACAUGUUACAUUAGCGGAACACGCACCAUCAACCAGAGCUACGUUAUAUCCACGCAUGUGUUACAUUCCAAUCACUGAAAUUACUUUUUUUUAACACUUAUUGUAUGCCUUACUGCCACAUACCUUGUAUUUUAUUCAAAUGCUAAAGAAUGAAGCAGCUGCUCAAUGACCUUUCUGAAUUAAACACUACAUCAAAUGGUUUUGACACAAGGCACCUCGGGAUAUAUUGCCAAUAUACCACGGCUAAGGGCUGUGUCCAGGCACUCCACGUUGCGUCGUACCAAUGAACAUUCCUUUGCCAUGGUAUAUUGUCCAUAAACCACACUUCUUUGGUUCUUUUUGCGUAGAAAUAGUAUGUCGUGUGUGGAAUGAUUGACGUUAUAAUUGCCAGACAUAUUUUCCCUCUCAGAAAGGAUAGCUUUGAAAAUAACUUGUGUAAUUUAAGCAUUUUUGUACACAGCUUUUUUCUUAACUCUCAAAUAUGAACUAACGUUUGUGCUUAGGUGUGAAGGGUUUAUAUCACCAAAAAUAAAACAUAUGUUUGUCGUAA